CUGCUCUGUCUCUUUAACCAGCAGGCUCACUGACACUCUGGUCCCUCCCAUUCUUGCAGCCCUCCAGUGUUGCUGGCCUGAGAUGGGAGCGCACACAGCGGCACCAUCACGGCCGAAGAAACGGGAUAAACCUGGAAAAGAACCGAAAAAUACCAACAACACUACCACACAGGAACCGUGGAUUUAAAAUGGGAUAACGAAGCAGUUAAUUUACUUAAACCGGAUCGCACCGCUUCAUCGCGUCCUCUGAGAAACUCAGAUGUUGUCGUCGCUUGUGUUUUGCGCUUUUUAUCCUUUCUCCUUGAGCGCUGCUGGUACAAAGGCGCUUGGUGUGGAGCAGCAGCACCUGGGAUUACUGCCAUAUGAAUGGGUGAGAGUGAACGGACAUGGUAUACACAAACAGUGAGUAAACCUAGCAGGAUUAAACCACUUUCUUCUGUUUUCUCUCUCUCUCUGGGAGCCAGAUCCCAGUGUCACCCCACGAGGACAGAUGCUGUCAUUGUGUCGAGGCUGAGAUUUAAAAAACAAAAAGAAAAAAAAAACGUCUUCUCAAAGUGUUAAUUUCUGGAAUAAUGCAUGAGAAAGACGAGCGAUAUUGCAGCUUUUUAUUCCCUUUUUUGCCUCACACAUUCCCAGCUAUUCCUGUGGCUGAGCAGCCGGUUUCUCUUGUUCAGAAUGGGAUGUAUUGUUGCAUCUGCGCAGCCCACGACAAGUGUCAGCAAUUAGACUGUGUGUUUCUGAACGGGUUACCUAAAGGCCUGUUUUAAACACUGACACUGCUUUCGGACUGUAAGUGCCCAUUGUUGUCAAUAAGGACUACAAAAAAAGGGGCAAACGGAGCUCCCUCGGCUUCAUUCACCCAGCGUGAGCCUGGGUCGGUCACAGAAAUAAAUUAGGCACAAUAUGGUAGAACCGGUGGGAUUCACCGAGGCGUGGAAAGCGCAAUUCCCUGAGUCCGAACCACCCAAAAUGGAGCUGCGGUCUGUCGGGGGCAUCGAGCAGGAGCUGGAGAAGUGCAAAGCGUCCAUCAAGCGCUUGGAGCAGGAGGUGAACAAGGAGCGCUUCCGCAUGAUCUACCUGCAGACCCUCCUGGCCAAGGAGAGGAAGAGCUACGACAAGCAGCGGUGGGGCUUCAGGAAGACGCCGCUCAACGAGGGGGUGGACCCUGCGGCCACACAAGGCGCAGAAUGCCAGUCCCAGCAGCCGCACAUGCAGGAGACUGGUGGAGUUGGAGUAGGAGUGGUGGGUGGAGGGUAUGGUGGUGGUAGUAUGGAAAGGAGCCGUUACCAGCCUCUUGGAGAUGGAACUGGAAGAUCCAAACCAAGGCCUCCACCAGCCAGGAAGUCAGCCUCCCACGGAGACGGCCUGGAGUCGGCCUUUGACGUACCCCCGCAGGCUGAGUCAAUGUCUUGCGACAACCUAGAUGGCCUCUCGCCGUCCAAGCAGAGAGGGGGCAUCUCAGUUUCCCCUCGAAGGGUCAACCUCCCGCCACCAGACAAGGACCUGCCCUCUGACCCCAAGGACAAGCUGGGGAUGGGGCUUGGCGUGGCAGCUCUUAGGUCCAACUUUGAGAGGAUCAAAAGAGCCAACUCCCACUCUGCGGGGGAUGUAGCUAAGGGCCAGGAGAAGCAGCUGCCGCCGCCACCGCCGCCAUUCUACUCUAACAUGGAAUUCCACCAUGAGAGGGGUCUGAUCAGGGUCAAUGACCGUGACGUCUCCGACAAGAUCAGCUCCCUGGGCAGCCAGGCCAUGCAGAUGGAGCGAAAGAGAUCUCUUCACUCCCUCCCAGGUAAUCUGGCAACGGUGGCAGGGGAGCUCCGUGCCAGGCCAGUGUACAGAGGCCGGUCCACUGAGAGCACCUGUGGCUAUGAUGCAGAAUAUGAAGACGGGGAACCCAACCAGCGGCAUUCAGGGAGGGCCAACGGUGGCAAACCUCCCCCUCCGCCAUGGCAGCCCUCCGAGUUCCAGGCCUACUCCAGCGUCUAUGUUGGUGGGGUGAUGAUGGGCGAGGGCGGUGGUGGAGAUGGGCGAGGCGGAGGUGGAAGUGGUAGUGGAGUCACGAUGAGGGACCUUGGGGGAGGUGAUGACCACCUCCUGACCUGGCCCCGCCGAUCUUACUCCCCAGGCAGCUUCGAGGACGUCGGUGGAGGCGGCGGCUACACGCCAGACUGCAGCUCCAACGAGAACCUGACGUCCAGCGAGGAGGACUUCUCUUCAGGUCAGUCCAGCCACGUCUCACCCAGUCCCACCACGGCCUUCCGCCGACCCUUUAGAGAGAAAAGCCGCUCGCCGUCCCAAAACUCCCAGAACUCCCAGCACUCGUUUGACAGCAGCAGCCCUCCUACGCCGCAGUCCCAGAAGCGUCACCACCGGCAGCAGGGAGGCCACGUGGUCAUGUCUGAGGCCACUAUUGUGAGCGUUCGCAAGACUGGUCAAAUCUGGCCACCUGCUGCUCACCAUGACCUCGUGCCCCAUGGUAGAACAUCCCAUGAUAACAGUUUCCAUGGAGACCACCUAGAUGGUCAUUUCACCGGGACCCCUCCCUCGUACGGUUACGAUGCAGACCGCGCAGAGGAGCAGCGAAGGCACCACGACAUCCUGCCGUACAUCGAUGACUCGCCGUCAUCUUCACCGCACCUCAGCUCCAAGAGCCGCAGCAGUCGGGACACCCUCUCCUCCGGAUCGAUAGAGUCCUCCAAGUCGACUGAAUGCGACCUGGAAAAAGGUUUGGAGAUGAGGAAGUGGGUCCUGUCUGGGAUCUUGGCCUCCGAGGAAGCAUACCUCAGUCACCUGGAGGCACUGCUGCUGCCUAUGAAGCCUCUGAAGGCCGCAGCCACCACGUCCCAGCCUGUGCUCACUGUGGCUCAGAUAGAAACCAUCUUCUUCAAAGUGCCUGAGCUCUACGAGGUCCACAGGGAGUUCUACGACGGACUUCUGCCCCGCGUCCAGCAGUGGAGCCACCACCAGAGGGUCGGGGACCUCUUCCAGAAACUGGCCAGCCAGCUAGGAGUUUACCGGGCAUUUGUGGACAACUAUGAGCUGGCUGUGGAGACGGCGGAGAAGUGCUGCCAGGCUAACACGCAGUUUGCUGAAAUCUCCGAGAACCUAAAGGUGAGGAGCCCCAAGGACUCUAAAGACCAGACGGCCAAGAACUCUCUAGAAGCGUUGUUGUAUAAACCAGUGGACAGAGUGACUCGCAGCACUUUGGUACUUCAUGACUUACUCAAACACACGCCCACCAGCCAUCCAGACCACCCACUUCUGCAGGACGCCUUGCGGAUCUCCCAGAACUUCCUGUCCAGCAUCAACGAGGAGACGACGCCCCGACGGCAGUCGAUGACUGUCAAGAAGGGAGAGAACCGUCAGCUUCUGAGGGACAGCUUCAUGGUGGAGCUGGUGGAGGGAGCGAGGAAGCUGCGACAUGUCUUCCUCUUCACUGAUCUGCUGCUCUGCGCCAAACUGAAGAAACAGAUCGGAGGUAAAAACCAACAGUACGACAGUAAGUGGUACAUCCCUCUGACCGAGCUGACCUUCCAGGGCCCCGAGGAGACCGAGCCACUUACCAUCCCACAGGUCCCCGAUGAGGAGCUUGACGCAAUGAAGGUCAAGAUCUCACACCUGCGCAGUGAGAUCCAGAGAGAGAAGAGAGCCAACAAGGGUUCAAAAGUCAUCGACCGUCUCAGGAAGAAGCUGUCCGAACAGGAGUCUCUGCUGUUGUUAACGUCUCCCAGCAUGCCUAUCAGAGUCUACAACAAGAACGGCAAGGGUUACAGUUUCCUGAUUUCAUCCGACUAUGAACGUGCAGAGUGGAGGGAGAUAAUGAAGGAACAGCAGAAGAAAUGUUUGAAAACUUCCUCUUUGACUUCCAUGGAGCUGCAGAUGUUGACCAACUCCUGUGUCAAACUGCAGACUGUCCACCACAUUCCCCUUAGCAUCAAUAAAGAAGAGGAUGAAUCCCCCGGUCUCCACGGGUUCCUGAAUGUAAUCGUCCACUCUGCCUCCGGCCUCAAACAGAGCUUGAAUCUCUACUGCACAUUGGAGGUGGAUUCCUUUGGCUUCUUUUCAAAUAAAGCCAAGACGAGAGUGUAUCGAUACACAACUGAACCCAAAUGGAACGAGGAGUUUGAGAUUGAGCUGGAGGGCUCUCAGACCCUGAGGCUGCUCUGCUACGAGAAGUGCUACAACAAGACCAAGCAGAACAAAGAGGAUGGAGAGAGCACAGACCGCAUCAUGGGGAAAGGACAGAUCCCGCUUGACCCUCCGACUCUCCAAGGCAAAGACUGGCAGAGAACAGUUAUUCCAAUGAACGGGAUCGAGGUUAAACUUUCCAUGAAGUUCACCAGCCGAGAGUUCAGCCUGAAGAGGAUGCCCUCACGGAAACCCAUGGGGGUGUUUGGAGUCAAGAUCUCCACAGUGACCAAGCGAGAGCGCUCUAAGGUGCCCUACAUCGUCCGGCAGUGCCUGGAGGAAAUUGAAAGGAGGGGAAUGGAGGAGGUGGGCAUCUACAGAGUAUCAGGAGUGGCCACUGACAUUCAGGCCUUGAAGACAGCCUUUGACACAAAUCAUAAAGACGUGUCAGUGAUGAUGAGUGAGAUGGACGUCAAUGCCAUCGCUGGGACCUUGAAGUUGUACUUCAGAGAGCUGCCAGAGCCGCUCUUCACUGAUGAGCUCUACCCCAAUUUUGCAGGCGGCAUCACCCUGUCUGAUAGUGUGGCCAAAGAGAGCUGUAUGUUGAACUUACUGCUGUCGCUGCCAGAACCCAACCUGGUCACAUUCCUUUUCCUUUUGGAUCACCUGAAGAGGGUGGCAGAGAAGGAAAGCAUCAACAAGAUGUCUCUCCACAACCUGGCGACGGUGUUCGGGCCGACCUUGCUGAGGCCUUCUGAGAAGGACAGCAAGAUCCCUGCUAACCCUACCCAACCCAUCAGUAUGGGGGACAGCUGGUCCCUGGAAGUCAUGGCACAGGUCCAGGUGUUGCUGUAUUUCCUCCAGCUGGAGACGAUCCCCACCCCAGACAGUAAACGACAGAGCAUCCUGUUCUCCACUGAAGUAUAGAGCUGACACUGACUCUGCUGAUCUGACACUUUGAACAUGAAGGAGUGAAAAAGAGACGGACUGUGGCUCAAAGUGAGCCAGUAGUAGUAUGUUUUUGAAUUGACUGACCAGAUUGCAUCUUGCAGCUACAAAGGAUUGUCCUUUCCUGCCCGCCUCAAACACAAGAGGGCGCCGUUGGACCUCUGAAGCUCAGAGGAGCCGAGGUCCUUGCAGUCCAUAUCCCUCAUUAACUGAUAUUUAAUAGGAUUCCUUCUACCUUCAGUGAUGACGUGGGUACAUCGGCCAUCUACAUUUCUCCACCGUGCUCUUUGUUGGUCUAAACAUUGAACCUUCACAGCUUGUUUAUGUGGUUCAUGAAUUUAAAAAAAACGAAGAAAUGUCUUUCUUAAAUUAAUCAACAAAUCAGAAUUUCCAUGUACCUUUGUGUUUGGGCAUUGCUCUAAAUCUGUGUUUAUUCUGGACAAUCAUCGACUCAAGACUCCUGCAAAAUAUGUUUAUCCAUCUCCAACACGUCUUCAUGUCCUGCUGAGGAAAAUUCUGUGUCUUACAUAAUCUCAGCGCUCUGUUUCUGAGAAGACAAGACAUUUGUGUCUGUUUGUGGGACUUAAAAAUGAGCAUCCAGAGCUGCCACGGCACUGGCUUUGUCUUCUUUGUGUCUGGAAGCCAACACCUGUAUGUUAAAGUGUUUACAACGUAAACAAACGGCAGUUGGAGUCAGAGACAAACAGCUUGAAGAGGGACUGUAAGAGAACAAACGGAACCCAAUGAUUAGUAAUACACUGCAAUCUGACUGCCUGCGGUUUUUCACCACAAAAGCAAAAUUUCUUCUGUUUGUGUUGUUUGUGUCUCAAGGUAGUCUUCAGCUCAAAUACCCAGGAAGCAAUAUAUUUUCUAACAUAGGAAUUGUCUGUGUUCAUAUCUUUGCGGACGAAAUGUCCUUCUUCUUGUAACAUAGGACAUCUUGCCAAAAUAAUAUGUUGUUUGUUUGUUUCUAGGAGUAAAGCAAGCAGUUGUAUUUACAGAUACAUUAUGUACAUAAUCUUAAAGUUGUAUUUUUCUUUCUUUUUGUUUAACAGUAUAAUCAUCGUUGCUAUUAUUGUAAUUUAUUUUGGGGGCCUUGGGGGGAGAAAUCAGUUUGUUUUUCUAUGUGUAUUUUUUUCGGUUUGAUUAAGAAGGUGGUAGGUCUUAGCCUUGACUUCAAGUCUUGCAGUAACUAAGCAAGAUUUAGCCUUGUUCUUCUAGAUGCUACUCCGCCGUUCUGUCCAGCCUAUCGAUAAUUCAUUUAGAUAUUAUUAUGAAGGUAACAUACACAUUGUAGUUACAUACUGUAUGCUGCUGUGGAAAAGGCACAAGCUCUUUAACUGCUGGGUGUUCCUCAGCAAAAUGUCUCAUAUCAAGAGACUAUCGCCUGUCUAGUGUAGACAUUAUGCAAUGUCAUGAUAGAGCACACACAUACACACACACACACACACACACACACUCACACACUCACUCUUUAUCUCUCUAUCUCUCGUACACAUGACAUUGUCUCUUUUUGUACCAUUUAUUGAUCUGUGGCUGCAGAAGUGCACUCAUGCAAUGUUAGAACUACUGUAUUACAAUUCAAGUGACCUGAGCAACUCAAGCGUCCAUUGAAGAGAGCAUCUGUUGGUUUUAAUGAAGGAAUUUAAUUUUGUUUCAUCUUCUCCUGACAUCUGUUUUUAUUUAUCUCCAAACGUCCUAAUAACUAGUUGUCCCUUUAACUGUUCUUCAUCCCAUUAAAGGGAUAGUUUGGAUUUUUUAAAAGUCUAUUGUAGGUUAUACUCUGACCAUAUAAGUACCUCAUACAACCCCACUUCAAUAAAUCCGAACUGUCCCUUUAAGCCUGAAGGUAUCCAACUCCCUGGCCAUUUUAAGGAAAGCUCUUAAGAUAUUUUGUUAAUUCUUAAAUUACAUAUUUCUCUUUAAAUUUAUUUGUCCUUGAUUUAACAUGCAGGCAUGUUUUAUUGGUUUCUUUUCUCAUUUUGGUCUUGUUAUUGCUGUCUUGUUCACAAAUGUGUCAUCAUAGACUGUGGGAUGUUGGGAACUCGUGAGUAUCUGGUUUACAUUUUUACAGCAUAUCAUUUU